CUCCUGCUUCCGCUCGGGGCGGGGCUGGGCUCCCGGGGUCGGUCCGCGGCUGCUGCUGCGUCCGACCCCCGGCCGGCGCGGGUAUGGAGCUUGGGGGUCACUGGGACAUGAACUCGGCCCCGAGGGUGGUCUCGGAGACCGCAGAGCGGAAACAGGAGCGGAAGACAGGAACCGAGGCGGAGGCUGCCGACUCCGGUGCCGUCCGAGCCCGCCGCUUCCUGCUCUGUCUCUACUUGGUGGGCUUCUUGGUGAGUGCGAGCGUGGGGGCUGGGAGCAAGUGCUGACUGUGUUCGGGCCUGGGGACCCAGGCGGUUCUUGGAGCUUCCGGGGAGCUCCCAGGGAGUGGGAACCCGCAGCCCGCCUGGAUUUGUUUGGUGUCAGCAUGGUUGUGCCUUUAUUGAGCCUUCAUGUCAAGUCCCUUGGAGCAAGUCCAACAGUUGCUGGAGUAGUAGGCUCCUCCUAUGGCAUUUUGCAACUGUUUUCUAGCACAUUGGUGGGCUGCUGGAGCGAUGUAGUGGGAAGACGGUCUUCCUUGCUGGCAUGCAUUCUAUUCAGUGCCCUGGGCUAUCUCCUUCUCGGAGCAGCCACCAAUGUGUUUCUGUUUGUCCUGGCUAGAGUCCCGGCAGGUAUUUUUAAACACACUCUCUCCAUCUCAAGGGCUCUACUUUCUGAUGUGGUUCCAGAGAAGGAACGGCCGCUUGUAAUCGGACACUUCAACACAGCCUCCGGUGUGGGCUUCAUCUUGGGCCCCGUGGUCGGUGGCUAUCUCACUGAAUUAGAGGAUGGGUUUUAUCUCACAGCCUUCAUCUGCUUUUUGGUCUUCAUUCUCAAUGCUGGUCUCGUUUGGUUCUUUCCAUGGAGGGAAGCAAAACCGGGCAGUACAGAGCAGGGCCUGCCAUUGCGAAAGACCCAUGUGCUGUUGGGAAGGAGCCAUGAUGCAGUGCAGGAGGCAGCCACCAGCCGCGGAGCCAGGGCCAGCAAGAAGGCUGCCCGGCCCUGGGUCGAAGUAGUGUUGGCCUUGCGGAACAUGAAGAACCUGCUGUUUUCCGAAAUGUGGGACAUAUUUCUGGUGCGCUUGCUGAUGGCCAUGGCAGUCAUGCUGUACUACAGUAACUUUGUCCUGGCCCUGGAGGAGCGCUUUGGGGUGCGGCCCAAGGUGACAGGCUACCUCAUCAGUUACAGCAGCAUGCUGGGGGCCGUGGCCGGCCUUGCCCUGGGGCCGAUCCUACGGCUGUACAAGCACAACUCGCAGGCACUGCUGCUGCAUUCCAGCAUACUCACCUGCACACUGCUGCUGCUCUACUCCUUGGCCCCCACCAUGGGUGCAGUUGUCCUCUCCUCCACUCUCCUGUCCUUCUCCACUGCCAUCGGCAGGACGUGCAUCACGGACCUCCAGCUGACCGUGGGCGGGGCCCAGGCCAGCGGCACCCUUAUUGGCGUGGGGCAGUCUGUGACUGCAGUGGGCCGCAUCAUCGCCCCUCUCCUCUCGGGGGUUGCCCAGGAGGUCAGCCCUUGCGGCCCCCCCAGCCUGGGCGCUGCGUUAGCCUUAGUGGCCAUUUUCAUAAUGUCUCUAAACAAGCGACACUCUAGUGGUGAUGGGAAGAGUAAAUUAAAAAGUGAGUAGAUGGAUUUGGACAACGUAAAGCAACAAAAUUUGAGGUGGUUGAAUGAGGGCCGGAGGCCAUGAUGAAAAGGGCACUUUGGAAAGGGUUGGGGUGGAAGGGAAAUAUUUCCGGGUGGGUGUGAGCUGUUGGGCUUCCAGGUCAGCUCUUGGCCAUGCAGCCAUGCCUGCAGGAUGAUCAGAAGUCACGGCACCUCGUGGCAAGGUUAAGACUGGAGCAAAGCUUUUCCAAGGUGAGCGUAUUCAGCGCUUACCUGGAAGUCUCUUCUUCCCACCUGGGCUAAUCAGGUUACAAUUUUCAGGGGUAAACAAACUACCAGCUACAGGAUAGGGAAGUGGUGGUGGAAUAAGAGAACAUAAUAAGAUACAUGGGGGAAGGGAAGAAACCACAAGCAUUUUCCUACUGAAAAAUAGGGUGACAUGUCAGUCAAAUUCUGAUCAACUGGAACUUGAGUUUCCAGUUAAAUUCCAUACACUAGGAGGGAGUUUUCUAUCAAAAUCCUGCAGAUUGAAGAAGCUGGUUUAUUAGAACCAGCCUGUCGCUUUUCAAAGCUGCUUAAAAAUAAGAUACUGACCUCACCCCUAGAGAUGAUUCAGUGGGCCUGGGUGGGGCCAAGAAAUCCGUGGUGUUUUGUAAGCACUGCUGGCGAUUUCUCAUGGCAGUAAAGACCACACUGCGACUGCACUGAUUUUGAUUAAAGUACAUAGGCUUGGCUGUUUUUACACAGCUAACUAAAUUUGGACUCUUAAAAUUGUGUUUGUAAUCACAAUGUGUUACACCUUUCCCAGCUUUCAGCAGUUGUACUGCAUGAUGGAGCAGCGGGCCCUUGGGACCUGUUCCCUGUGCUCCCUGCCUCUGAGAGCCCAGCUUGCUCUGAAGUUGGACUAAACCACUUAGAUGCUGAGGUUGCCAGCCUGCUCCUGGAAGCCUGCAUUCCAGUCAGGUUGCAUCCUUCUGGUGCUGACAGAACCCAGUGGUGAAGCCAAAGCACAGGAAUGCUUUUAAAAUGAACAGUUUAUGCAGAAUAAGGGUCAGGUGUCAUGCCAGACCAGAACUUGAUGCUACUCUGUCUUGUGUUAAGAAUCAUUUCCUGGCCAGGCUCGGUGGCUCACGCCUGUAAUCCCAGCACUUUGAGAGGCUGAGGCAGGUGAAUCACUUGGUCAGGAGAUGGAGACCAUCCUGGCUAACGUGGUGAAACCCCGUCUCUACUAAAAAUACAAAAAAAUUAGCCGGGCGUGAUGGCAGGCGCCUGUAGUCCCAGCUAUUCGGGAGGCUGAGGCAGAAUGGCGUGAACCUGGGAGGCGGAGCUUGCGGUGAGCCAAGAUUGUGCCACUGCUCUCCAGCCUGGGCGACAGAGUGAGACUCUGUCUCAAAAAAAAAAAGAAUCAUUUCCUUUAUUUUUAGUUUCACGCCUGCAAACACAAGCGUUCUGUUGAUCAACGGAAAUAUUUUGAUGUGCCAUUUCUUGUCUAAACAAGUUUCAUAUACAGCACCGAGGGGGCCACGAGAGGCAGAGGCCCAGACAGAAGGUGAACAUAGCCUUGCAGGGAGACAUAUGCCAGGCAGGAUGACCAUUGGGAUUGCAUCAAGUAUUAAUCAGUUACUUAAGGGCUUCCUGUCAGACAGUUGAAGUUCACAUUCCUUUUACUUUUCUUAAUUAGUCCACUAGGAUGGUAUGCCUGUUUUCAACUUAACACAUGCAUCCUUUUAAAUAUUUUAGUACGCUACAGUAAUUUGUCAUAUCUUUAAUAUUUAUUGUUUGUAAAGCAGUAAACAUUUCUGUAUUUUAGAAGUCAUGGAGUAAAAUCAAAUAUUUAUGAUAAAUAAUUGGAAGUAUGCUUUAGUUUGAAGAUUGUCCUUUUUCCUAUCUUGCUGCAAGGAAAAAUGGACUUCUGAUUAGGUUUUACAAUUGUGAACUUUUAUGUAAAUGUUAAGUGCUUUCGAGGAGACCAAACUAUUAUUAAUAUAUAAAAUGGCCUUGCCCUUAAGGAGCAAAUUAAAUGUCAUGGAGAUUAGACUCAAAAGGCAAUAAAUAAUCGAGGGUUUAUGCAAUGAAAUAGAAUUUCAGAAGAGUUUGGAUCUCAAAGAUUGUCCUUCACUCUCAGAAAUAGGCAAGUUUCUUAAAAGCCCUUAUAGUCGUGUUUUUAUUUUAAAAAUCGUAGCACUUUAUUUUUGAAGUUUAAAAAGCCCAUAAGCUUAAUGAGUCUUUAUAAUCAGACACAUGGAAAUAUAGAAAACCAAAGACUGAUCUUAGAAUAUAGAGUAGAGAGACAUGUUUGUUAUUAUCCGCUAGUGACUUUAGUAUUUUGUUAUGUGAUGUUUUUUAGGUGCACCUUUUCUCAUGACUCCUUUUACUUUAUCUAAUGUCUUCCUCUUUAAAGUGUGACCCAGAGACCAGUAGCAUCAGCAUCACCUGGGAGCUUGUGAGACCUGUGAACACUGAAGCUCCAGCUCAGACAUGUUGGGGACCAUUUUAAUAAGAUACCUAGCUGAUUUUUUGCACAGCAAACUUUGAAAACCCCUGGUCUAAUGGGUAGUAUUUGUAUCACUUAUGGAAUAUAAUCUCAGGGAAAUUAAAUCUGCUCAAUUAACAUUUGUGGUGUUUCAUUUUUUAAAUUCUCUUGAGUAACUUCUGUAGCCCUUUCCAGUGUCAGGUUGAGCCACAUGAAGUUGCUAUUUUUGUAAGUCAAAAAUAUCUUCAUAGGGUUCAACUCACUAUUCUAUGGAAUCUUAUUUUAGAAGUAUUGAACCUUCCUGAAAUGUCUGUGAAGGAAGUGUCACCCUUUCCAACACUCUGCCAGCCAUAACUGCUUGGGAACAGGUCUCCGGGAUUUGGGUUCCAUAGAGCGGAAGGUAGGCCUCUGCCCUCAUGUCUAGAGGGAUGAAUAACAUUCUGAAAAGGUGCAGGGUGUGUCUGGUCACAGGCGUCACCUGCGAGGCUCCAAACUCAGGCUGGACGGCCCCUUGGGGAGUGAAUUCUGCAAGAGUUGCACCUGGGGCCAACAGAAGGUGCUGGAAUCACUGAUUCUGUAUCCCGGCUACAUGCCUUAGACCACAGGAACCAGACUGAAGCACCACAGGUGUUUCUGUGAACAUCUGGAGUUGGGAAUCACUGAGUUAGAUCAAGAAUGGAUUCGGCUGCCAUGCUCGGGUUGAGAUUGUAUUCACGGGUGAAGGGGAAUGACGGAAGAAUUCCUGCGGUAAAGUGCUCUGAAGACACUCCUGUUUUAGAAAGAGCUCUCUAGCCGCAGCGAGGAGGAUUAACUGGAGGCCCAAGGAGUAGUCUGGACUUCGGGGCAGUAACUUUAGGGGGGCCCUGAGGGAGAGCUGGUCGGGAGGACAGGGACAGCAGGCAGAGGUUGUGGCCCUCAGGGCAAUCGCAGGAGAGGUUGUGAAUAAUUCCCAGGUGAUGAGUGUGCAGCUUUGAGGAAUUUCAAAGGGUUGCUUGGCGUCUUUUCCUGAAGACACUUCUAUAAGGUAUUUAGAAAUCUAUCAGGAGUGAGAAUCAGUCCAGUCAGAAAAUUUUAGGCAUUUGGGCAACUGCAUUCAGAAAACAGCUGUUUAUUUGGAAUGCAUAAUAAAAGCCAUGAGACUGAAUCUCCAUGCCUCUUUGCCUCCUAGUAGCCAUCAAGAAGUCCCUAAAACAGGGUUACCACAGAUUUAGCCAGGAUGAUGUGUAACAGCUUUUCUUGGAACAGGUUGAUGGAUUAAAAUAACUUUUUUUCAGCCCUAAUGUUUUUUUCUUGAAUUUGCCAGUCACAUGAUAAUUUUCUUCAAAAAUAAAACUUUAUAAUUGUAA